UUCGCCAUUUUUACAAGCUUCCAGGAAAAUUCGCUUCGUACUUUUGGGCCGUGAGCAAUUUCAGUCGAAAAAUCCAUCCAUAACGAGUUUUGGCCGUCUAAUUCAUACCGUAAACGAUGGCUGAAUAUCUAGCCUCGAUUUUCGGCACGGAGAAAGACAAGGUCAACUGCUCUUUUUACUUCAAGAUUGGAGCAUGCCGGCACGGCGAUCGUUGUUCCCGCAUCCACAAUAAGCCAACGUUCUCCCAGACGUGUUUGCUGCAGAAUUUGUACGUCAACCCGCAGAAUUCGGCCAAAUCUGCCGAUGGAAGUCACCUGGUGGCAAACGUUUCCGAUGAAGAAAUGCAGGAGCAUUAUGACAAUUUCUUCGAAGACGUUUUCGUCGAGUGCGAGGACAAGUACGGCGAAAUUGAAGAGAUGAAUGUUUGCGAUAACUUGGGCGAUCAUUUGGUAGGGAAUGUAUACAUUAAAUUUCGCCGCGAGGAAGACGCUGAAAGAGCUGCCAAAGACCUAAACAAUCGUUGGUUUGGUGGACGUCCGGUCUAUUCUGAGUUGUCGCCGGUGACGGACUUUCGUGAAGCCUGUUGUCGUCAGUACGAAAUGGGAGAGUGCACUCGAUCGGGAUUCUGCAACUUCAUGCACCUGAAGCCGAUUUCGCGCGAACUGCGUCGAUAUCUGUACUCGCGACGCCGCGGACGAUCCAAAUCCAGAUCACGUUCUCCAAAACGCGGUGGUGGAGGCGGCGGUCGUGACCGGUCCCCUCGCGAUCGUCGUCGAUCUAGAAGCCGUGAUCGCAAAGGACCUGAACGAAACGAUAAUGGACGCAAGGGAAGAUACUGAAGCAAGCAUUAGCAGACUCCAGAUUAUUCAGUUUAGAUGCUGGUAAAAAGACAAUGUUUAGUUAAAGAAUUAUUGCGUUCUCAUAAAUCUGCUAAAGGUGGGCGACCUGACAGUUUGCUCUAUGAUUUAAACUAACUUUCUACCAGCCUCUCAGACAUUUGACGAUUACUAAAGUAAAACUAGCACACAAAAUCUGUACCAGACUGGCUACUUUCUCAAAGGGCUGGAUAUUUUCCAGCAAUUUGCAUUAUUUUAAUAAACUCAUGUCACUGUAACAUAACAAUUCCCGAACGUAA